UGGAAACCAUAGAAUAUAAAUUUUAACCCUUAACCUUAAAAUUAAGUACUCCAAUAUUUAUACUUUUAUUGAAUUUUUUUUGAUAGCACAAUUUCCUUCAUUAUUUUAUUUCAUGCAAUUAAUAAAAUGCAAGGAAUGUACGUUUUAAUUAUAAAGAGAUUUGCGGGGCAUUCGAAGUGGGCAAACAUUAGACAUAUAAAAGCUCAAAAAGAUGUUGAACGAAGUAGGAUCUUUACAAAAUUAGGCACGCAAAUGAAAGUUGCUAUACAAGAGGGUGGUUCCAGUGAUCCAAUUAAUAAUAUAAAACUUGCACAUGUAGUUGAACAAGCAAAGCGAGUGAAUAUGCCUGUUGCUACUAUUCAGAACAUUAUUAAAAGUACUCAAAAAGAUAAAGAUCAGAGUAAAACAUAUUUGAUAGGUGUGAAGGGUCCUGGGAAAAGUAUUAUUCUUUGUGAAGCAUUUACAUCAAGUCUUCCUUCAUUAAAAAUACAGAUGGCGACUAUUUUAAAGAAGAAUAAUGGGAAGUUUUUAGAUGGAAAUUUUAGCCAUUUAUUUAUACAAAAAGGUGUAAUAGAUAUUGAAAUUACAUCAUCCGGUGGUACUCAUGAAGAAAUUUUAGAAAAUGCUACAGAUGAUGCACUUGAAUGUGAAGCUGAUGAUGUAGAAAUUGUAGAGGAAACCAACUGUUUGAGAUUCUUAUGUGAUCCAAAUCAUUUGGAUAAAGUUCAGAAAAGUCUUGCAACCAAAGGCUACAAGAUUAGGAGUGCAAGUAUUGAAUAUUUACCUCAGAAAUUAGUAGAACUAACUGAUUCCGAAAUAGAUCAAUGUUCAAUUUUACUGGAAAAAUUAGAAAAUAUGGAAAAUAUUGUAAAAGUAUAUGAUAAUAUUUGUUAACUGUUAUUACAUGUGUUUAAAAUAAAUAUUUACAAGAUAGUAGCCUUUUGUAGUGUAAUACUUAGAGCUAUAAGAUUUUCAAGCUGAAACCAAUUUCUUCAAUGGAAAUAA